AUGUUACUUCUGCAAGAGUUUGAAGUAGAGAUCAAAGACAAAAAGGGAGUGGAGAACUUGGUGGCUGAUCACUUAUCCAGGAUCACAGAGACACAUUUACAAGAGGGUCCAGAGGUGGUGAUCAAGGAAGAGUUCCCUGAUGAGCGAAUACUGGCCAUAAGCAUUGUUUCCCAAUUGGUGCAUGAUCAAGUCUUGUCUGUUGACACCCCACCAUGGUUUGCUGAUUUUGCUAACUACAGAGCUGCUGGAGCCAUGCCAAAGGAUUUCACUUACCAGCAGCGGAAGAUAUUUCUGCAUGAUGUGAGGAGAUACAUCUGGGAUGAACCAUACCUCUUCUAUAGAUGUUCAGAUGGAGUAAUCAGAAGAUGCAUUCCAGAAGAGGAGCAAAAGAGUGUCUUAUGGAACUGUCAUGGUUCAGCCUAUGGUGGCAACUUUGCAGUUCUUGGAGCAGGAGAAAAAGGAGAAAGCGCAAUUGGAGUCACUGCUCUUCAUGGCCGUUUUGUACAAACUAGGUUUGUUGAAGCUGUUCUUGCCAAGUAUGGAGUGAGGCACAAAAUAAGUACUCCGUACCACCCUCAGACUUGUGGUCAGGUUGAGAUUUCCAACAGGGAACUUAAAAGAAUAUUGGAGAAAACUGUUGGGAAUACUAGGACUCAAUGGUCCAAGAAACUUGAUGACACCUUGUGGGCAUAUAGGACAUCAUUCAAGACUCCUAUUGGAAUGUCUCCAUUUCAGUUGUUGUUUGGGAAAGCAUGCCAUUUGCCUGUUAGAUUGGAGCAUAGAGAAUUAUGGGCUGUCAAGUUCUUAAACUUUGACUCCAAGGCAGCAGGUGAGAAAAGACUACUGCAAUUGGAUGAACUGGAUGAAUUCCGUCUGUCUGCUUAUGAGAGUGCCAACCUAUACAAGGAGAAGACCAAGUUAUGGCAUGACAGGAAGAUCACACCCAGGGAUUUUAAGGUGGGAGAUCAAGUGUUGUUAUUCAACUCCAGGUUGAAACUUUUUCCAGGGAAGCUGAAGUCCAGAUGGUCUGGACCAUUUGUAGUUAAGAGCAUGAAGCCUUAUGGAGCGAUGGAGAUUUGUGCUUGGGAUUCUGACCAGAGUUUUACUAUAAAUGGUCAGAGAUAG